UAUUGAGUCAUAUGCCUACUUAUAUAUUAAGCGGAUAUUUAGUCCCCGAAUGCCAUUCAUUUUCGAAGUUUGAAAAACUCGUUCGAUACGACAAAAACUCUUUUACCUAUGUUUUCUCGCACAUAUUAGAAUAAAUCAUUACUUGGGGUUCUGUCCAUGAUUUCCAGAAACGGCACGAAGAAGCGGCACAUUAUUGCUACAGUGAUCAGAACCAGUGAUUUUAAGUCUGUAGACUUAUUGUGCUAUAAUGUACAUGGGCAUGUCUGAAAUGGAUUCCAACAAGUGGACAUUCCUGACGAGGAAGUUUGCAAAGGCACUCUUCUUGUGAAAUAAUAUUUUGAAAUUUCAGCGUGGCGUUUUCUGAUGAAAAAUAUUGUGAUUACCGACGGUCUCACCUCAGUCGGGAAGUAAUGGCUGCCCGGGAGGUUAAUUUUAGACAACAGCCAAGUGUUCGGAAAAACCUGAGGUCUUUGUUGUAUUCUGUAGCUGCAGAACUCACCAGCGAAGACCUCCACAGCCUCUUGUUUCUUACAGAUGGGAUCAUUAAUUCCAAGCAAGACAAGGAGAGGAUAAGAUCAGCUGGAUCAACUCUCGACUUAUUUGAAAUUCUAAUGGAGAGGGAUGCUUUGAACGACCAGAAUGUCAAUUUGAUUUUCGAUCUGUUGUCAAAAAUUAGAAGGUUCGAUGUGGCGAAGAAGGCGAAGGCCAAAUGGGAUGAAAUAAAAACUCAGUUGCAUCCUGAUGAUCUGGACCGACGUCAUACUGGACAUGAUCCAUCCCGACCCCAACACCAUUCUCAGAGUUUCAGGGAUCUAAAUAACAGGGGCAUUGUCAAGAGCAGGAAACGGUAUUUUGAAGGACGUCCAAGUCAACGUCAAGAUUACAGAGGACAGCAUCCGACGGCAAUGAUUGAAACAUCUUGGGCGGACGAGGAAGUCCAGGAACUAUUGUUAGAACCAUUUCGACCACGAUCCAGGCCUAUCACCAGAGACUAUCAUAUUAUCCGGCACACCAGCUACACAAAUGCCAUGAGUGAUUUUCUGACUCAAAGCAUCGCCGCUGGAUCAUACUAUUGCCCUAUGGACAUGGUGGACGAUAUUAUGCUUGGCGCUCAUGAAAACCUCUCAUUAUAUGACGGGAUUGGACAUGAAAACCUCAAUCAUUGAAUCACGUAAUCGGUUCUUCUCAAUCAGAACAAAUUGUGUUUGAGGGUUUGAUAACACGACGUUAGUAACAUUUUGAACACGCUUGUCACUAACUAAACUAUAUAAAAAUACUACAUGGAAUAGCGAUUUCUCCCAGGGAUAACUUUGCUAAAGAUGCCAUUAGAUUUAACUAAUGAUAAUAAUAGCAGGGCCCGCUGGUAGAACAGUUUUCGAAACUGAAGUGGCUUCCCUGGGUAAAUAUACCUAUAUUAUUAUUAUUAUUAUUAUGAUCUGAACUGUUUCAACUUUUCUGCAGAGGCAGCAGAGCCCAUAUUCUAGUGGAACAGUAAUUCCUUCUAUAGCAUUCUCUAUUUACAGUCGACAGAGUGAAUUAAAGUACUAGAAUAUAUAUAAUUUCUACUCGUUUAUUGGUUGAAUGAUUGAAAGGGCUUGACAAUUCCUAAUUAAAAUAGGUAUUUCACUAACUGUAAAUUAUCAUGCACUUUUUGUCUUGUAUCAAAUCUUGCAAAAAAAAAAGCAAUGAUAAAAAGUAGAAUAUAACUGAAUUUAUAAUGCCACGAUGACAUUUUUGCUCAUAAACAAAUUUGAUUAUUUUUGCCACGACACUUCGGCCAGUAUGUACUGAAAUAUUCAUAUUGUAUAGAUAAUCGUUGUGUAGUAAUCUAACAUUAUUGAUAUAUAUCUACGAAGUUAGCAGUCAUACUGUCUCAAUACACAAACGUGAUGAAGAAAAAAAAGCUUCACUCUAUUUUGACGGGAACAUUUCAGGCUCCCAUAUGAUCUCGACUUGACAGUUUUGAUGCACUAACUUUAAUACUUUGAAUAAAGUAGUUUUAGUUAUUCCGGGAUCCAUUAAAAUCUUUCCAUAAACUUUAAUAUUUCUACAAGGAUCUUGUCAGUUUUGACCUCACCUGGUGAGUGUUUCAUAAAGCUGUUGGUAAGUUAAGAGCGACUGGUGAUCCUUUCUUACGCGCUGAAUAAUCACCAAUGAACCUUUAAUGGUGAAUAUUAUUUACAAGAAAGGAUCACCAGUCGUUCUUGAAGUGACUCUUAACCACUUCAGAUCCGUGCUCUAAACCUACGAAUAGGUUCAUUAAACGGCCCUUGGUGCCUGACGAUCUGUUGCUAACUGACUAGAUAUUUCUUGUACAAUACACAUGAUAAUUAAAUGUAUUAUAGGCAAAGCCACUGUAAAACUUCUUUUAGCUCAAAUCCUUCGCGUAUACUCUGUGAACACUAAAUGAAAAAAUAUAAGUUAUAAGACAUUGCCAAAUAUCACGCUAAUACAUUUUUUGCAUACUAGAGAGGGAAAUCUUCCUUCAAUGAUAAUCACAAAGUAUGUGUCUUAACAUAAAAGGCACAUGAACAUUUGAAAUUUUAUCAAGGGCUAAAUGGGUUUUAUCAGAAACAAGAGUGAUUAGAAAAGCAAUUUUUGCCAUGGCAAAUUAUUGUCAUGAAAUGAUGCUGUUGACAUUUUGGGGAAAGAUUUGUCAUGUAGUGGGAAUGUGAUAAAAAUUUUGCAUCCUGGUUAAGGUCAAUUGACCAUCUUAGUUCAGGGUCCCGUCGCAUAAAAGUUACUAUUAUAGUAACUCUACCAUCCAAUGGUAACUACCAUGGUAACAGUGCUCAUCAGCCAAUCAAAAUCAAGGAUUCCAUGAAAGAUACCAUUGGAUAGCAAACUUACCAUAAUAGUUACUUAUAGCAAAGGGGCCAAGGACUAUGGCUGAUGCUAUUCAUGAUGUAGCGACUUACACUUAAAUAUAUAUAUAUAUAUAUAUAUAUAUAUAUAUAUGUAGCAUAGUAAAGAUUAAUGUAGAGUGUGAACACACCAAAAUGCACCUGAAUUCCAGAAAAAGGGCAAUUUGAGGGUGAAGGAUUCCUAAGGGAUAUAGGACCGACAAACAAACAUUUUUUUUCACAGUUUUAAAUGGUGUUAGAGAAUGAAUGGCAGAGCAAAUGGAGAGAUAGGUCGAGAGUAUUGUUUUUGUCAAUUUUUAGUUAUAUAUUUGUUGAUAUUUUGAAUAAGGGCAGGUGUCGGUCUGACACUAAUUAAUUGACUCCGUAGAGCUUAAGCUGUCAGUAGGUUCUCGAUAGUAGGGGCCCGGGAUAGAGAGAGUCCAGUGUACCCACGCUGAAUGAAGUAAGUCCUGCCCCUCUAAUUGACCAAUUAGGAAGUAAGAAUGAUUUUGGAAUUUAAAAUGAGAAAUUCGAGAUUUGAAUAAAAAUAUUUUAACCGAUGGGAAUAAGUUUUGCCCUGUCCAUCAAAAACAGUGACAGUGGAGUUAGAUCAGGUGACCAAAAGAUUAUUAUGAGAUGGAAAAAUAAUAACAAUAAGAUAUUUUCUUGAAUAGAGGUGUGAGCUAGGUAGCUUGACUGAGUGUGAAUGCAGUAUAAAACCCCACGUUUUCCCUUUCCUCUUUGCACUUGCACCAGCAUAAAUUUUAUCCACGUCCCAGAGCAUUUGCCACCCCCUCUUCUUCUUUUUUUUUCUUUCCUUCUUCGUCUUCGUAACCAAAUGGACUCCUGAAGAACCUGUUAAUAAAGUUAAAUCAAAGUUUGUCCUGCUACAGAAAAAAACUUUUAAAAUUUUGUCGUCUGUACAUGUGUCUUCGAUUUACCGAUUGUA